AUAGGCUUGUAUAUUUCCGUAAUUAGAAAACAGGGCGUUGGAACGCUAUGCACGUCCGCAUUGCGUGGGAAAUUUACUAUCACCAAAAUAAGCAGAAUUCAGAUAAACCCGUGCUAGCGGGAGGUUCUACUCUUGGCAACAUUUGUAGCAGCGGUAAUUCAGGCACUUCUAGUGUACCUAAUAACACAAAUAGUAUGAGCAGCACACCGGCCGUCGUCUUAUCCGGAAACACCAGCGCUGCUUUACCCACCAGCGGAACCGUGGGUGGGGCAACUGGAUCUGCAGCAUCAGUCAAUAUAAAACCAUCGCCGUCGUUAACCCUGAAUUCAGCAUCGCCGCACCUCUUACAUAGGUCCACUGAACUUACGACUGCUGCGACUUACGCCAGAUCCCCAUUUGAAGCUUCACCACUAGCUGCAAGCUUUAUUGGAGCACCACCUAGUCAUAUCGGUACAGCUGUUUCCCAAUUUAGUCGGUACGUAGGAUCAUUUGGAUUUGCCGGUCUAUCACAUUUCGGACGAGAUAUUUCAUUGAGUGGACAUUUGGAUACAUGGAGGUAAGUUAAUUUUACAAAUUGUCGCGUG